UUCAGUUUCAGCUUCACCUCACAAAACUUCCAAAAAAGAAUGUGCUUUCCUCUCCCCUCUGUAUCUCCAACUCACUCAGGCCUAGUUUAUUGAACUAAACACCCUUCAUUUGAAUUGAAUUCCAAAUCAAUUCCCAAAUAAAAAAAGGAAUUGACAUUUUCACAGCCAUGGCAAAUAAUUCUCAAUACACUGGAAUGCAGCCCCAUCGGCCUCCACUAAUUGGUUCUCUUGGUCCUCCACAAAGUGCUCUUCCAUCCAUGCCCCUGCAAUACCGGGCUGUGCCCCCACCACAGCAGACACAGCCAUAUGUUGCCUUGGCUCCUCAACCAUUUCUUGGACAUGCAAACGUCCGAAUGCCCCCACCACCUCUUCCUCCGGCUCCACAAAUUCAGUUUCACCAACCUAUGCAUCAGCUUCCUCUUAGACCUCCUCCAGCAGGAGAAGGUCUGCCUCAAGCACAGGCAAGGCCCCUGCAAGAUUUUCAGCAGAGCGGACCUCCUACACCUGUUCCUGGACAGCCUCAGCAAAGUACACAGAUCUCAAAUAACUAUAUGCCAGGCUUUGGUGGACCCAGAAUGCCUCUUUCAUCAUCAAAUACUCAAAUUAAUGUGGAUCCUGCUUCCCAGCACCAGCCAAUGUCCCAGACAACACUUCUGAAUUUUCCUGCUGAGGGACAAGCUUGGUUAUCAAAUGGAAAUCAGGGUACAAAACCUAUUACACCUGUGCAGCAGACACAAGAACCAUGUGUAAGUGCUGCAAACCCAGAAAUAACUUCCAAACCUGACCUUGGUGAAAAGGUUUCUUUGCUUUGGAUAGAGCACACAGCUCGUAACGGGAAAAAGUACUAUUACAAUAGGUUGACAAGGCUUUCUACUUGGGAGAAGCCUCUAGCAUUAAUGACACCGAUUGAAAGGGCUGAUGCUUCAACUGACUGGAGAGAAUAUACUAGUCCUGAUGGCAGGAAGUAUUACUACAAUAGAGUUACUAAACAAUCGAAGUGGCGUAUCCCUGAUGAAGUCAAGUUGGCUCGUGAACGUGUAAAUUUGGACUCUUUGAAUAAAACACAAGAAAGAAAGGAUGCAAGCUCUCAGGACUCAGCUGCUGUCUCCACUUCUGAAGUCAAUGCAUCAUCUUCCAGUAUAGAAGCAUCUAUUUUCCCUGCUCAACCUGCUGUGUCAAGCCCAAAUCCGGUGGCACCAAUUGUUACUGAACAAUCUUUAGUGACUCCUGAAUCUUCAAUCCCAGCAGCUGAGGUUUCUCCUGUGGCAAUGGACGAUGUUGAUAUGCAGACUUCUUUAGAAUCUCAUACACCAUUUGUUGCUGUCUUAGACAAGGAUGCAGUCUCAGUUGCCUUGGAAACUACUGUUAGAACACCAGUAAGUAGUUGUGCUGUUUUGUCUGCUCCGGAUACUUCAGUUGCUGGAGUUUCUCCAGGAAAUAGUGAGGAAGCCAGAAAAGACAUCAAAGAUAGUGCAAGAUCCGAAGAGAAAACAGUUGAGCAGGGGCCCUUGGUCUAUGAGAACAAGCUGGAGGCAAAGAAUGCAUUCAAAGCCCUUUUGGAAACUGAAAAUGUUGGGUCAGACUGGACUUGGGAUCAGGCAAUGAGAGUAAUAAUUAAUGAUCGAAGAUAUGGUGCUUUAAAAUCCCUUGGAGAGAGGAAGCAAGCUUUUAACGAGUUUGCGAGCCAAAAGAAAAAGCAAGAAGCUGAAGAGAGACGUGCUAGACAGAAAAAAGCACGGGAAGAUUUCAAGAAGAUGCUAGAAGAAUCCAAAGAGCUCACACCAUCCAUAAGAUGGAGUAAAGCAAUUUCCAUAUUUGAAGAUGAUGAGCGAUUUAAAGCAGUUGAACGAGCUAAAGAUCGUGAGGAUCUUUUUGAAAAUUAUAAGGAGGAACUUGAGAAGAAGGAACGGGCAAAAGCUAUGGAAGAGCAGAAACAUAAUAGAGUGGAAUAUUUAGAAUUUCUUAAAUCUUGUGAUUUUAUAAAGGCAAGCAGCCAGUGGCGAAAAGUUCAAGAUCGCUUAGAGGCUGAUGAAAGGUGCUCACGCCUUGAAAAAAUUGAUCGCUUGGAAAUAUUUCAGGAAUACAUUCGUGAUCUAGAGAAGGAAGAAGAGGAGCAAUUGAAAUUGCGGAGGGAAGAACAAAGAAAAGCAGAGCGUAAAAAACGUGACGAAUUCCGCAAGCUGAUGGAGGAGCAUGUUGCAGCGGGCAUACUCACUGCAAAAACUCUCUGGCGUGAUUACUGUAUUCAGGUUAAAGAUUCGCCUGCUUAUCUGGCUGUCUCAUCAAACUCCUCAGGGUCAACUGCAAAAGAACUUUUUGACGAUGUCUCGGAGGAGCUAGUAAAGAAGUAUUUGGAUGAUAAGGCCCAGAUAAGAGAUGCAGUCAACAUCAGAGAGAUCAGUUUGACAUCAUCUUCAACUCUUGACGACUUCAAGGCUGCAAUUGCAAAAGAUGUCGGUUCACCAGUUUCAGACGUUAAUUUAAAACUUGUAUUUGAUGAGCUACUGGAAAGAGCUAGGGAAAAGGAGGAAAAAGAAGCUAAGAGGCGUAAACGUCUUGCUGAUGACCUUUAUCAAUUUCUGCAUGGCUCAAAGGAAAUUUCAAUUUCUUCAAGAUGGGAGGACUGGAAACAACUUAUUGAACACAGGUUCAUUGGAGAAGAGAGUUUUCUUCAGGAAACUUUUGAAAAGUUCAUAAUGGAACAAAAGGAAAAGGCAAAAGAGAAGGAACGAAAGCAUAGGGAGGAUAAGGCCAGAAAAGAUAAAGACAGAAGGUAUAGGGAGAAGAAGAAAGAGAAACACCGAAGAGACAAGGAGAAAGUAGUUGAAAGCAGGAAAGGGAAAGAGAGACCCAAGAGUGAUGGAACGGACAGUGAUAGAACAGAGUCCCACAGUUUUGAAGAGAGAGAAAGGUCAGGCAGAGACAGGGACAGUAAACACAGGAAGCGGCACUCAAGUGACAAUACAAGUUUGGAUGAAAACGAGAAAGAUCGGCCUAGGAACUCUCACAGACACAGUGAUGAACGCAAAAAAUUGAAGCGGGUGGAACCGCACUCGAGGACUCCCGAAAUUGCUUCAGAUAGCCAAUACAAGAAACAGAGGAGAGAUCAUAGGGAUUCUUACAGGAGUGGUGAUCAUGAUGAGUACAGGGGUGGAGAAAUUGAUGAGGAUGGGGAGGUUCGGUAGCUUUUUGGAGUAAUAAUUUAUAAUUCUUGCUCGUCUCUUGUAAAUAGCAUUGAAUUUGCUUAGAGUUCUGCUGCAGUAAGUGUACUUCAGAUUAGAUUUGCUCCAGUCUUUUUAAUUGUCAUGUGGACUUUUGAUAUUGUAGAGUCAUAAGCAACAUAGAGUUUUUUGAGAUAUUUAUGGAAGGAAAAAAGAUUUUGAACUUGGC